CUUGUCGCAUCCUAAUUUCUUCUCACACUCAAAAACCAAACCACUCACCUCUUUCUUGAUUCAAUUUCCCUACGUCUCUUUCCACCCUGGGUUUCCAAUUGAAAAAGCUUAGAGCUGUUCCUAUCUAGUUGAAACAUUUUGAUCACUCAGUAUUCUCUUGUUGAAGACAAAUACCGGGGAAUGCUGAAAGAUGUGUUUACCGGUGAGACAGUCUUUCUCCGGCUUUGAUGAGGUGGAAGCUCUAUCCGAGCCGCCCUUCUUUGUCUUCGAUGAGAUCGGCCAGUUUAGUCCUCUUUCCAUCUAUAUCUUAUGUGAGAAGACAAAUCUAGUUAGGCAUUGUUGUGAUGAUGUUUGUGAAGACGAAGACGGUUGAGUUGAUGCUUUCUUGAAGUUUAGUUUGUAAAGUAGGUCUUGAGUCAGAAUGGAUAGUAAAGGAGGUGUCUUGAUGCAAAGGUAUGAGUUUGGGAAGUUACUCGGGCAAGGUACUUUUGCGAAGGUCUACCACGCGAGGGAUAUGAACAACGGUGAAAGUGUGGCCAUUAAAGUGAUUGACAAAGAGAAGAUUGUCAAGGUUGGGAUGGUGGAACAGAUCAAGAGAGAGAUUUCUGUGAUGAAACUUGUUAGGCAUCCGAAUGUUGUGCAGCUUUACGAGGUUAUGGCCACCAAAGGGAAGAUCUAUUUCGUAAUGGAGUAUGUAAGAGGAGGUGAGCUUUUCAACAAGGUGACGAAGGGGAUGAUGAAAGAGGACGCUGCGAGGAAACUUUUUCAACAGCUGAUCAAUGCUGUUGAUUUCUGCCAUAGUAGGGGUGUUUAUCACCGGGAUCUGAAACCUGAGAACUUACUGCUGGAUGAACACGGGAACUUGAAAAUCUCUGACUUUGGAUUGAGUGCUCUAGUGGAAACAAGGCAACAAGAUGGAUUGCUUCACACAAUGUGCGGAACACCUGCCUAUGUUGCACCUGAGGUCAUCAGCAGACGAGGAUAUGAUGGUGCAAAGGCCGACAUCUGGUCUUGUGGUGUGAUCUUGUUUGUGUUGCUAUCCGGUCAUCUUCCAUUCCAGGAUUCGAACUUGAUGGAGAUGUACAGGAAAAUUGGCAAGGCGGAGUUCAAGUAUCCGAACUGGAUCCCACCUGAUGCGCGUAGGCUGAUUUCCAAGAUUUUGUGUCCAAAUCCGAACACAAGGAUCUCCACAUCCAAGAUCAUGGAGAAUUCUUGGUUUCGUAAAGGUCUGAAAUCAAGAUCCUCGAAAAACGCCAACACGAAAGAAGCAAUUCUUGAUAUGGACAUGAAGAAGUCUGAACCUGUGAAUCUGAAUGCCUUUGAAAUAAUCUCCCUCUCAGCUGGCUUCGACCUCUCUGGCUUGUUCGAGGGCGGUGAGCUGAAGAAAGAGAUCAAGUUCACGUCCAACAAGACCGCCAAGAUCAUCACCUCGAAGCUAGAGGAAGUAGCCACGCGUCUGAAGCUGAAGAUGAUGAAGAAGGAUGGAGGACAUAUUAAAUUCAAUGGAUCGAGGGAAGGGAGAAAAGGGGUGUUGUCCAUUGAUGCAGAGAUCUUUGAGGUUGCCCCGAACUUUCAUUUAGUCGAGAUGAAGAAGGCGAACGGAGACACAUUGGAGUUUGAGAAGCUGGUGAAGAAAGAGAUGAGGCCAUCUCUGAAGGAUAUUGUUUGGACAUGGCAAGGGGAGGAGCCUCCACCACCACACCAAACUGGGGAAACAGAGGAGUUUCAGACAUGUCAAGUUUCAGAAGCCUAGGUUUUGUUUUUGAUGAUUGUGAUUUGAAUUCCAUCUGAUUGUUAUUUGUUACGCAUUUUUAUCUUUAUGCUAAUUUUCGGAUCUCACAUUGUUAUAUCCUAUGGAGUUGAUCUAAAUUGAGAUGGAUCACUUAUUUUAUUUUA